AUGGAGCGCUUGGGUGACGCCUGGGCGGGUUUCGGGAACGGCAACUGCAACUGCGGUUACAGUGACUGUUGCGGCACUGGUGAAAUCUGCAAGCAUGGUACGGAGGUACCGAUGCAGGUAUGCGGCGACGUUGCGGAAAUAGACCGUACGACACCGCAAGCAGGUUGCACGGCAUCACCGGGCUCGGCAUCGGCACCGACUCGCCAGACGAGGCGACUCACGAAUCGAUUUGGUGCAGCUGUUCUCGCAGCUGCUCGCGGGUGGACAGAGCGGCCACUCUCGACAACAGCCGCUGAUAAUGAAGCGGAGCCGGAACUCGCCGAGAACCUUCCAUCGCACUUACCGUUGCGGAGACGGCUGAUCAGCCGUACCGGCGUGAGCGACUUGCCAGUGUCCACCUCAGAGCACGAGUUUUGGGACCUCUUCUACCGACAAAAGCGUGACCGAUUUUUCAAACAUCGUUACAAUCUGCGAGCAGCGUUCCCAGAACUUGUACCGCCAAGCGUUCGGGCGGCACCGCAUCGGCACGUGCCCGUGCAUGAGCCACUACGCCCCCUGGUACCCGAUGCGCGACACGUGCUGGAGGCGUCGCCAGACGAGCCGUCUCACUGGAUGCUUGAUGAUUUCGAGCCUGCGCUAACGCACGGUAAAGUUGUUGUCGCCGAGUGCGGGUGUGGGGUCGGGAACGCGUUGAUCCCGCUGUUGCGUGCGAAUCCGGAUCUCUUCUUCUUCGCCUUUGACUACUCUUUGGUGGCGCUACGCCUGCUGCUGUUGCAGCCUGAGUUCGACCAGGCACGCAUCUACGCGUACUGCGCUGAUCUAGGCGCGCCCGCUGCUCAUACAACCGCCUUCGAAGCACCGCAUGCGGCUGCUGAGACGCGCUCCGCAGCAGAAGCACCAGUCCGGAGUGCGCCUGCUGCCCAGCGCUGGACGACGGGCGUCUAUCGUGCCCCGCCGCUGACUUGUGAUUUCGUGACCUGCGUCUGGACGCUGAGCGCGCUACCCGUUGCAUCGUUACCGCUGGCGGCAUCGCGACUAGCUGCCAUGCUGAGGCCGGGCGGAGCGCUGCUGCUGCGCGACUACGCGGUUGGCGACCUCGCAGAGCUACGGCACCCGGCAUGUGCGCGCGUUGGUACCGAUCCGCAGCGUCACGAGUACCUCCGUGGCGACGGCACUCGCGUCCACUACUUCCAAGUGGCAGAGCUAGAGAAUUUAUUCCAGCAAGCAGGUUUACAAACUGAAUAUGCACAUAUCGUCGAGCGUGAAAUCGUGAACCGCCAGAAACGACUCGUGAUGCAUCGCAGAUGGAUUGCGGGCAAAUGGCGGAAACCGGAUCUCGCACCAGCGCCAGCACGCAUCCGGUGA